GAGGCACGACAGCAGCGCACAGCGGCAGAGGCGGUUUACUCCCGCCGUUCACUCCCGCUACAGACCUGGUAACUUAACGGCGGAAGUCGCUUGACCUCCCGAAUUAUAUCUCCGUCGUUAACGAGCUUUUACCGGAGCAUUUCUGAAGAGGUCCGUGAAGGAAUCCGUGACUGGAGCGAGGAGCGGCGGAGGGGAGAGGGAAGAAGGCGGGGGGGGACGGAGGAGAGUCAGCCCGGGCUCUGCUGGACAUUCAUGCGGCCACACUGCCGCUGGCUGCCGCAAAAACCUGCUUCUGCUGCGGACACAUUUUGACCCGACUACCCUCUACAGCCGGAUGUCUGCCUGUCUUAUGGAGUGCACCAAGGGACGGAGGAAGGAGGACUGACACUUGGGGAGCCGUGAAGGAAGAAAGCCUCGUCCUGUUGGAAAAGUAGCAUCCGGAGAAAAAGCCGAGCGCUGCGUGUUUUAAAGCCGAGCAGCCGAGGAGAGUGACAGCACCGGCAAGAUGUCUGUCCCUGUGUUCUGUAGAAUGUUUGACUGCCUGCAGGGGGCGCCACAGGUGGAGAACGUGCUGGCCAAGGCGCUGUACGACAAUGUGGCCGAGUCCCCGGACGAGCUGUCCUUCCGUAAGGGGGACAUCAUGACGGUGUUGGAGCGGGACACGCAGGGUUUGGAUGGCUGGUGGCUCUGCUCGCUCCAUGGUCGCCAAGGCAUCGUCCCCGGCAACCGCCUCAAGAUUCUGGUCGGCAUGUACGACAGCAAGCAGCAGCAGGCCACGCCUUCCACGCCAGAGCCAGCCACUUCCUGUCCCUCCUCCCAGCGACCCCUCCCCCCUCUGAGCGCCUACGCCCAACCAUCCCCCUCUCCGUCGUCGGCCGCCAGCGCUACUUCCUCCUCCGGGUAUCCCAACAAGCCCCUCCAUUCGGCACAGUACACGCCCAUGCAUCCGGCCUACUCCAGCCCCAGCCCCGCACAGCCCAACCCUGACUCCAUCUACAUGAUGCCCCCCUCCCACGGCCCCAAACCCAGUCCACAGAAUCUGUACCGGUCAAGCGGACUCCCUCCAGGACCCCCCAGCAAGGCCACAGCAGUGGGCAAGGUGGUAGUUCCUACCCGGGUGGGACAGGUGUACGUGUACGACACGACCAAACCAGACCAGGACGAGUACGACGUCCCGCCCAGACAUCAGCCCCCCACCCAGCACGACAUUUACGACGUGCCGCCCACCCGCCAGCAGUACAACACACAGGUGUAUGACACCCCUCCCAUGGUGGUGAAGGGCCCCUCUAGUGGUCGAGAUAUAUAUGACACGCCAGCAAGCACAGACAAGAACACACAGCAGACGGUCUACGACUUCCCGCCAUCUGUCAGUAAAGACGUCCCUGAUGCUCAGCCAAUCAGAGAGGAGACCUACGACGUGCCGCCCCACUUUGCCAAACUCAAGCCGGCCCCCGUCCCAGCGGGCCUCAACGACGACGACGACGAGCCGCCCAUCCCCGAGGACGUGUAUGACGUGCCACCCCCCAUCCUGACUGACAAGCAUUACCGCGGCAACAGGGGCGGAGUCAGCCAGGCCCCCCAGGAGAUAUACGACAUCCCAGCCAGCCUGCGGACCGGGGGGCAUCCCCCCGCCCACGACGUCUAUGACUUCCCCAGGGAGCGAGAGGAGAAAGGAGGAGACAGGGGGGACCACUACAUCUACGAUGUCCCACCCCAGGUUGUGCGGGACGCCCAGUCCACCAGCGAGGACCUCACCUUGUCCUUCAAGCGGCUGUCUGCCUCGAGCACAGGAAGCACCCGGAGCAACCACUCGGCUUCCUCCUUAGACAUGGUCCCUGUCCGCGACACCUCCUCCUCCUCCUCCACCCUUCCUGCGCCGGGGAAGCCCCUGGUCCUGGACUUGGAGCAGGCCAUGGAGCGUCUGUCUCGCCUCCAACAAGCCGUUGAGUCCAGCGUGUCCCUCAUGAUGUCCUUCAUCACAGGUAACUGGAGAAGCCCUGCUCACCUGGAAGGGAACCUCCCGGCCAUUCAUCAAGCGGCUGACCGGGUGCGCUCCACUGUUCGGGACUUCCUGGAAUUUGCGCGGGGCGCUGUGGCCAACUCGGCCCAGGCCACAGACCGCUCCCUGCAGGCCAAGCUAGGCCGCCAGGUGGGCAAGAUGGAGGAGGUCUUCCAGACUUUGAUUCUAAACAGUCAGGGUUUAGACGCCGUUUCCUGGUCGCACGCCGCGCUCACGGCGCCGCCGGCGGGAGGGGACGACUUGGACCGGCUGAUCAUGACGGCGCGCGGCAUCCCCGACGACGCCAAGCAGCUCGCCUCCUUCCUCCACGGCAACGCCUCGCUGCUCUUCAAACGGACCCGACAGCAGCAGCAGCUGCCCCUUCCUCCGAUCCCGGGGGAUGUCAGCGGUCACGUGACAGGAUCAGGAAGUGGGAGCUAUCAGGGAGGGGAGAGGGUUCACAUUCAGUCACGGCCCCUCCCUUCUCCGCCAAAGUUUACAGCUGCAGAGGAAGAGGAAGGCGUAGACAGGCCGUAUGGGAGCACAGAGGAAGGCUGGAUGGAGGACUACGACUAUGUACAUCUGCAGGGAAAAGAAGAGUUUGAGAAGAACCAAAAACAGCUGCUGGAGAAGGGCAACAUCAACAGACACAAGACACAACUGGAACAUCAACAGAUCAAACAGUUUGAGCGGCUGGAGCAGGAAGUCAGCCGGCCAAUCAACAACGACAUGACGGGCUGGGUCCCCGUGGCCAACCAGCAUGCCCCCAACGGCUCCGGAGGCCCCGCCUCCUCCAAGCUGUGCCACGGUGACCGCCAGCUGCUCCUCUUCUACCAGGAGCAGUGCGAGCAGAACGUCACCACGGUGACCAACGCCAUCGACGCCUUCUUCACCGCCGUCAGCUCCAACCAGCCGCCCAAGAUCUUCGUGGCGCACAGCAAGUUCGUCAUCCUCAGCGCGCACAAGCUGGUGUUCAUCGGAGACACGCUGUCGCGCCAGGCCAAGUCGCCGGAGGUACGGGGCCGCGUGGCGCAGAGCAGCAACGCGCUGUGCGAGAAACUCAAAGACAUCGUGAUCAGCACUAAGACGGCGGCGCUGCAGUACCCCUCCCCCGGCGCGGCCCGGGACAUGACUGAGAGGGUCAGGGAGCUGGCGGGCUGCACGCAGCACUUCAGGAUGGUGCUGGGACAGCUGCUGGUGAUGUAG